AUGUCGGUUCAGCAAAAGUUCGGCAACAAGGCAAUCAACGCUUUUGGUCCUAACAUGCAACAAUCAGGCUUGACCGCACUCAUCAAUAACAACUGGCCAUGCUGGCUCGUAUCAGACCAGUUGCGUGUUAAGCCUGGCUUGUGGGACUUGGCAAAUACUCUCAUGUACGAAGGUCAGAUCGCAAUGCAUCCUGAUUCCAAAUCAUCUGAGGAUAGCGCUGUCUUCAAAGUAUAG